AUGUCUGAACAUUUAAACAUGGGUCAAGCAAGCAAUGCAAAAGCUCCUGAAGAUGAAGGGAACCAACAAGAAAUCCGUAUUGAAGGGGAAAAUAUCAAUAAUCCUUUGCCGCCUGAACAAGGAAUAGAAUCAAGUCAAUUCAAAGAAGAAGGCUCGAAUAAUAAAUUAGCUGAUCAAAAAGAAAAUCCUUCAAUAGAACAAGAAAAUGCUGUAAAGGAAGAAGAAAAUAUAAAAGAUAAAGCAAUAAAUGAAAAUAAAGAAAGCAAUGAGAUUGAGACUCAGAAUGAAAAUAAAAAAAUUGAAGAUUUGCAGGAAAAUCCAAAAAUCAGCCAAAAAAACAGUGAAAAUAAGCUCACAGAAUCUGUGUCAAAAGAAUCAAAAAUAGAAAUUUCACAAAAUCAUAUAAGGCAAAAUAGUCAAAAAGAAGAAUCCUCAAUCUCAAGCUCGAAAUUUAAAAAAGGGGCAAAUAUUACCAGCAAUAACUCGAUCUCUCAAAUAACAGAAAAAGAAAACUCAAAAUCCCACUCAAAACUCCAAGAAAAUUCAAAUUUGUCCACAAAAGCCUUACAAAAAUCAUCUAUUUCUCGAGAAAAAAAAUCCUCAAACACUUCUGAAAGAUAUCCAAGCCCAACCCAAUCAGACUCUCCAACUCCUUCAAGCCGUUCUCGUAAGUCUCGCUACCAAAAAACCUCAGACAUGAUUGAUUCUGAUAUCUGGCCAAGUGAAAGUACAUCAAAAAACCAAGAUUUUUCCAAUAUUGAGGCUGAAUUUGAAUACCGGUCUAUUAUCAGAGAUCUUGAAGGCAAACUAAAGCAAUAUGAAGACAUUUUUAAAAAACAAAACUUAGAAUUAGAGAAAAUGAGAAACCAAAUGCAAGGAAAAGAUAAAGAAAUUUCUGAGCUAAAAGCAAAAUUAGGGUAAAAGCUAUAUAGAAUUAAAGUCCCAAAGCCUUUUGAAAAAACAUUUUCUACACCUCAGCUACCUAAUGAUGAAGAAGAAAGGUUUUGGGAAAAUGCGAGAGAUCCGUAUUAUUCAGAGCCAAAGAGGCUUGAUGAGGUUACGUCUUUAAAAGAUCUGUGAAUUAUCAAUAUGGAUAGAAGGGAGUCUACAGUUUCAUCAAGAUCUGAAAAAAGAAAAAACUCAGGGGUAAAGGCUAAUGCAUUAACAAAACCCCAUUUUGCACUGCAAACAGUUGCGUCACAGAGCAAAGCUCAAGACCCAAAAACUUCAAAAGGACUUUUUUCGCUUGUUUCACCCAAAUAUCAACAAAAAGUAUAA